AGAUAGAACGCUAUUAUGCAAAUAUUGUUUGUGAAUAAAAGUAAGAAAAUGAUAGGCUUCUUAAAACAUAUGUUUGUUUUUCUUCUUCUGCUUUGCCUUCUAUUGCCGACAGGUUCUUUCGUAUGACAGCUACUUCACGAUCGUUUAAAUGCAUCGAACGGAUGCAUCAUAACUCUUCUACCCGAGAGAUAUCUAUUGUUCUUGCAAACACUACAUGGACAGAGAAACUUACCGCCAUUAUUCUGAACUGUAUCUUGGCUACAUGCAAACGAUAAGAAUUGGUCCAACCCUACUUCGAAUUCAAAUGAAAAAUUUCCCGCCAUUAUAUAUAUAUAUAUUGUAUUUUUUUUUAGAACUAUAUAUAUAUAUUUUUUUGGGAGAAAAUAAAAGUUUUUAUAAAGCCAAAUUUUUUCUUUUGAUCUAGAAUUUUUUUUUUGGGGAAGGAAAGACACUUGUGUUGGAAUGAAGAAGACACAUGGGUGCAAUUUGUUUUUAAAGACUAAACCUAUGCCACUAAUAGGCGACUACUUAAUAACAGUUGGUACACCAACCCCCACAUGAAAAAACAUGUUCUUUUAACUGUCUUUUAUGACUAUUUGGCGACUACGGAGUGACUAUUUAAUGACUCGCCGAAUGAGUCGCACAAUAGUCGCUAAUUUGACGACUAUAGUACGACUAUCAACUGUGGUCGGUAAGGUAGUGAUUCAGUAGCAACUAAAUUACUGUAGUCACAACGUAGUCGCAAAGUGGUCACUAUUUGGUCGUUAUUUUUGGUGACUACAAAUGUAGUCGCUACUAAUAGUCACUAAUCGACUAUUUUCUUGUAGUGUGUGACUCUUGCUGAUCUACACGCCAGGUUAGAAAAAAGUAACGUGGAUCCGAAGGAGCUGGUUGUUGCCAAGGAGGGACAGGUGAAGGAUUUUCCAAAUGGUAUAGAGGAAUGUGGAACUGACGCUCUACUAUUUGCGCUUGUAUCCUACACGUCCCAGUCUGAUAAACUCAACAUGGAUGUCCAACGAGUUGUUGGAUACCGCCGGUCGUGUAAUAAACUGUGGAACGCCGUCAGAUUUGGGAUGAUGAAUCUUAGCAAUGUCUAUACUCCUCCUGUGCAAACUCUAAACCCUGAAACCAUGCCCUUCAGCUGCCAAUGGAUCCUUUCUGUACUAAAUAAGGCAAUAUUAAAGACAGUGGAUUCCUUGAAUGCUUUUGAGUUAUCGGAUGCUGUGGACACAGUGUACGCCUGGUGGCAGAGCCAGUUCUGUGAUGUAUUUAUUGAGGCAAUUAAGCCUUAUUUUUUUUCUGAUAACGCAAGCAGGACUCAUGCACGAGAUGCUCUAUGGGUGUGUCUUGAAACUGGUUUGAGAUUGCUGAAUCCAUUGAUGCCUUUUGUUACAGAAGAGUUGUGGCAGCGGUUGCCUUCAUCGCAAGACUGUGAACGGAAGGCGUCUAUCAUGAUAUGUGACUACCCAUCUCCCGUAGCAAAGUGGACAAACGAGAAGGUGGAAACCGAAAUGGACAUGGUUCUGGCGACUGUGAAAACUCUUAGGGAAAUGAGAGCUGAAGAGCCUCUAAAGAGCCAGGGGAAUGGAAAAUUGCAUGCGUUUGCUCUGUGUGGAAAUGCAUUAACAUUGGGGAUAGUGAAAUCACAUGAGCUGGAGAUCAGAACUCUUGCAAAGCUCUCAUCCUUUGAGGUUAUGUUGACUGGAGAAGACAAAGCAGCGCAAGAUGGAUCAGCUGUUGGAAAGAUGGUGAACGAGAACCUCAAGGUGUAUCUCAAAGUGGAUGGAGAAGCCAUUAAUGCAGAAGCUGAACGUGAGAAAACCAUGAACAAGAUAAAAGAAAUUGAAAAGCAACAGGAGAAGUUGCAGAAGAGUAUGGGGGCGAGUGGGUACGAAGAGAAGGUCCCUGCAAAAAUAAAGGAAGACAAUUCGAGGAAGCUCGCAAAGCUUAUUGAACAACUCUGAUUCUUGAAGGGUGAUGACGAUAUUGUUUCAGAGACAUCAAUUACAAGUUUGGUGAACAUUGCCAAAGAGAAGAAGGAGCCAAUAUUCAAAUCAUGUAGGGGGACCAGAAGGC